UACCUGAAUGCUUGAAUUGGCUAGAUCAGACAAGUAAAAGAAAACGACGGCAUGAUGAGUUACAACAUUUACCUGAUGUUCUGGAGUCAAAUAUUGCAUAUCAAGUUCUUGUGGAAAGCACAGAAGAGAUUAAGGAAUAUUUUUCUGAUGAUUUUUCAGAAAUCGCAAGCAAGCUGCUUCAGAUGAAUCUGAUCACUGAAAGAGAGAGAAGUGUUAUAACUGAUACAAAUAUUGGGCAAAAUAAGUAUCAACGGAUGGAAAAAUUAAUGGAACAUGUUAAAGUUGCAGUUAAAAUUAAGGAGUCUGUUUUCUUCCUCUUCUUAAAUAUUUUUAAUGAAAAAGGCACUCAACCUGCUAUGGAAUUUGCUCGAACACUCAUGGAAAGAUAUAAAGAUAAACUCUCUGAUGCUCAUCUGGAGUCAUUGUCAAAAAGAGCCAAACAUUGAUAAAGGGUUAAAAUUAACAAGUUACAAUGGCAGUUUGUCCAGAGCCAGCAGGAAAGUGGUGGCAGGAGCACUCACAGAGUCUGAGACGAAUAUUGGAGGUUCUCUUAUCCUUCGGUUGUGGUGUAUUGAAUAUUAUUAGCUUUGGUAGCCCUUAUUGGCUAGACCUGGGGGAGAAUGGUCAUAUGGGUCUGUGGCAGAAUUGUAGUAAUACGAAGUGUCAGGGUCUAUCAAACCCAUCAGGUGCUGUUAUUGGUGUAAGAGCAAUGCUGUGUAUGUCAUUAAUGUCAGGAUUGAUUGGCUGGGCUGUUGGUAUGGUAGCACUGAUAGCUCAUAAACCUCGUUUCUUAUUCACAGUUGCACUGGCCUUUGGAAUACAAGCUUUCCUGUGGUUCAUUGGUCUAUUGGUGUACACAAAAGAAUUGAAGUCCAACAAAGGAGCCAGUCAAGGAUGGUCAUACUCUAUAGGAUGGCUCGGGUUCUUCCUUGUUGUCUUCAGUGUCAUUUAUUAUGUUUUUGCUGGUGUGUAUCGACUCAAGAAACCUCAAAGUAGUGUCAUCCAACAAAUAUAUGCUCCAUUGACACAGUGGGAUGAUGUGUCCAGCAGUGACUCUGAAGAUGAUAGACUUUAGAGAGAAAGAGAGCACCCAAUGCACACUGUACUGUAACUCACAUCAACUGUCAUAAUAUUUCCCUUCUCUUGCUUGUUUUAUGUUCUGCUUGGUUCCUUCAUUCUUCUGACAUUUGUGCUGCUUUUACUGUUAUACUACCGCAUUCUCUUUAUGUGUGUGAAAUGAAUUCCUCUUACAUUAACAUUAACUUUUAUUAUUACAUGGUAUUAUUAUAUGAAAGUCAA